UUUUUCUAUUUGAAGGCGGCUAUGCAUACCUCCUUCCUAUUUUCUUUUUAUUUAUAAACAGCUUUAUCUAUUUACUUUGUGAACUCAGAAAUUUUCUUUCUUCUUAAUUUCCAAGAAACAAAAACAAAAAGGUAUCUAUGGGUUCUCAAGGGGGAAAAGCACCAAUUCAUGUUUUUAUGGUUUCAUUUCCAGGCCAAGGACAUGUCAAUCCUCUAAUUCGACUGGGCAAACGCCUAGCAGCCAAGGGUAUUUUCGUUACAUUAUCCACCGCUGAAAGUCAUGGUUUUCAAAUGAAAAAAGUUAAUAAAAACUUAAGCGAUGAGCCAACACCUUAUGGUUCAGGUACGAUAAGAUUUAAGUUUAUUGAUGAUGGUUGGGAUUAUUCGAAGCCCGAGGGUAAUGACCUCGGGCUUUACAUUCGGCAUCUAGAGUCUGUAGGUAAACAGCUCCUUCCUCAAAUGAUUGAGGAAGAAGAGAAACAGGGUCGCCCUGUUUCUUGUCUUAUUAAUAAUGCCUUUAUUCCGUGGGUUUCAGAUAUUGCUGAAACCCUCGGAAUUCCUAGUGCUGUUCUUUGGGUUCAAUCUGCUGCCAGUUUUUCAUGUUAUUACCAUUAUAUGCAUCAGUUAGCUACUUUUCCGACUGAAUCAAACCCCCAACUCCAACUCCAACUUCCAGGCAUGCCCUUACUCAAACACGACGAAAUCCCUAGCUUUUUGCACCCUUCUUCUCCUUACACCAUGUUGAAGAAGGCUAUUUUAGGUCAAUUUGAAAAAUUGUCUAAUCCGUUUUGUAUACUGAUGGAUACGUUCCAUGAACUCGAACUCGAUCUCGUUGAUCAGCUUUCAAAAAUUUGUCCAAUUAAAACUGUUGGUCCAUUAUUCAUGUACCCUAAAUUGAUUUCCCCCAAUGGAAAGGAUAUUCGUGGCGAUUACUUCACGUCUGAUAGUGGAAUAAUACAGUGGCUCGAUUCGAAAUCAGCAUCCUCUGUUGUAUACAUUUCAUUUGGGAGCAUAGUCAUGUUGAAACAAGAACAAAUUGAUGAAUUGGCCUAUGGAUUGUUAAAUUCAGGGGUGAAUUUUUUAUGGGUAGUAAAAGAACCUUCAGUAGGGACAGGUUAUUUACCAGUAAAAUUACCAGAUGGAUUUUUGGACAAAGCUGGUGACAGAGCUAAAAUUGUCCAAUGGUGUCCACAAGAACAAGUUUUAGCACACCCUUCCUUGUCCUGUUUUUUAACGCACUGUGGAUGGAAUUCAACUAUGGAAGCAAUAUCUAUUGGUACGCCAAUUAUUGCAUUUCCACAAUGGGGUGAUCAAGUUCUUGACGCUAAGUACUUAGUGGAUGUGUUUAAAGUUGGGAUUCAAUUAUGUAGAGGUGAGGAUGAAAAUAGAAUCAUUCCACGAGAGGAAGUGGAGAAGUGCGUGAGGGAGGCGACGAGUGGAGCAAAGGCCGCAGAGAUGAAAGAAAACGCGUUGAAGUGGAAGAAAGUGGCGGAGGAUGCGGUGGCUGAUGGUGGCUCAUCCCAGCAGAAUCUCCAAGCAUUCAUCGAUGAUAUUGUAACAAAGUGUACUGCCGAAAAGUUCAAGAAGGCUAGCUUGCAAUAAGUGUUUAAUUUAUUAUAAUUACGUCAUUUAAUAAGAUUUUACUCAUGUAUUACUCUAAUAAUUAACGUCAAACAUGCAACGAAAGUUUAUGUCUAAGUCAUGUAUAUGAUGUUGGAUUGAUUUAAAAAUAGAUUAGUUUUUUAUUUUGAAA